AUGGACCGCUCAGACUCUUCCACCACGGUCAGCUCGCACCUGCGUUACGGCGACGUUUUUACUACGGGACGCACGGCGACCGUGUGGAACGUCACCGAUAUGGACAGCAACCUUGCCUAUCUUGUCCAGAUGUUUCACAAGAAACAAGCAUUCGCCAAUGGGAAGUCCGCCCACGAGCGUAUGGAAGAAAUCCCUGCUCUUCGCGGCCGCGUCCCACGCUACUACGGAGUUCCACCAAUGCCGCAUUCCAUCAUACUCGGGACGUACAACGGGAGAAAGCUCAGGGACAUUAUUUGGGGCCUCACAAAUGAAGCGCGUAAUGCCAUUAAGGACCAAAUAACCGAGACGCUUCGGAUACUCCACGAAGCUGGCAUCUCCCACCGCAACGUUACUUCGAGGAACAUCAUCAUCUCCGACGGCCAUGCGAGGUUGGUUGGCUUUAGCCAUGCCUCCCUAGAAGAAGCCGUUGAAGAAGAGUUUAUAUGGGAUGACUGCAAAGAAGCGGAUAACGACAAUGUGAUGGAGAUGUUCUACGAGGUCGAAUCGAUUAAGGCUUACGAAGAGGCUACCCGUCUUCUCGAAAGCGUGCGCAACGGCGAAGAUGUUGCCACGCCACAGCCCCGUCUAGCACGCCUUCUCAACGUUGCCCACGAACGAGAAAAGCUCGCCAGAUCCAUCAUGGACGUCUACAAGCACCCUGAGCCCGUACUGGCUCUUGCGCUUGCCGCCCGCCUGGCCAGACACGACCCUGAUGAAGCCAUCGAUAUCCUUAAGCAGGCGGAAGCCCGUUGCAACGACUCAUCUAUUCCUGUCGGCGAACGGCCUGUGGAGCUGAUCUUGCAGAUGAAGUUGAAUGCUGCUCGAUACUUGAUCGACUCCGAGCAAAGUUACGACGACACCGCCAUGCCACCGUCCGAACGCCUCUGCACAGAAGCGGUCUGGUACUACUUCUGGCAGAUACCUGAGUCUAGCGCUGCCGACGACACCGUUAUGAAGCUGUACUACGAGCUCGCAGAACACUUGCAUAGCCUCGAACUCUAUGGCCACGCGAUGGACAUCUGUAUUCGGGCGCUGGAAGGGGCUAGGAACGUUGACUUUACAAAGGCAGUCUCACCACAUGUCUUAGAAGAGUUUGGUGACCUUAUCAAUGAGGUGAAGUCGGCACUCGUGCUUUACAUCAACAAUAUCAAGGAGGACAUGCAGAGAGGGGGAGAAGAAGAGCAUUCGUGGACGCCCUGGGCCGAGCUGCCGAGACUUGAGAAGGAGUGCCGCCGCGCAAGAGAAGCGGGACGUCUCUGUAACCAGGUAUGGCAGUUGAACGUCCCAGAGGAUUCUGACAUGGCCCGGGAUCUCCCCGUAGACUGGACGUCGGAGGACGCUGCCUGGGCGAGAGAAGACUUGCUUAAUUUCGUACCGUCCGGAAGAUAG